AUGGACCAUGCUAUAUUUAGCAGUACGGGUGAUAUUUGGAUUUUUUUUAAAGCCUCUAUUUCGUGUCGUAAAGUAGGAGAAUCUAAUCAACAUUUGUCGUUACAAAUUGAUUCUGCAUUAUUUGCGGUCCCUAUUAUUUUUUCAUUUGUGCACGCCAAGUGUACUGCCCUUCAACGAGUAGAAUUAUGGGAUAGCCUUCUUGCGGACAAGCCGACUCAGUCUGCCUGGCUUCUUGUGGGGGAUUUUAAUGUCAUUGUCUCGGAGGAGGAGAAAAGGGGUGGGGUGCCGUUUACACCAGAGGAAGGUUGGGAAUUGUUGAACUUUAUGUCUCAAGCUGGAAUUUUUGAUGUGGGGUAUUCAGGGUCUAUUUUCACAUGGUGCAACAAUAGAUAUGGUCGGGCGCGUAUUUGGAAGAGAUUAGACAGGUUGCUUAUGAAUCAGGUUUCUUCCAACCUAGGCUUAGGUUUCGAUGUACAACAUUUGUGUAGAGACCCAUCAGAUCACGCUCCAUUGUUAUUGUCGGCUCAUACAAAAUUGGAUAACAAACCAAAGCCUUUUCGUUUUUUGAAUUUCUGGACAUCCAAACCAGAACUGUUGGACGUGGUUAGGUGCAACUGGAUUGGGAAUUUUUCAGGCCCUCCAUUAAAGGUCCUUGCAGCUAAGCUUCGGAAUGUAAAGAUGGCCUUACGAAUGUGGUCGCGCGAGGUAUUCGGUGACAUCUUUGAAGCUGUAAAGGUGGCAGAACAACGUGCUCUCAAUGCUGAGGUUAGUUAUGAUGCUGAUCCGUCUCAGCCAAAUUUAGUUUUAUUACACGAAGCACAAGCCCAGCUAAGGCGUUCACAUGCAACUGAGAAUAUGUUUUGGCAACAAAAAUCUAGGAUUAAGUGGUUAAAGGAUGGCGAUAGGAACUCCAAGUAUUUUCAUUCUGUGGUGGUGGAACGACAAAGUAGAUCAUUAAUCCAUCGCAUCAAGUCGUCUGAUGGGAAGUGGUUGGAUAGCACAUCUGAUAUUGAGGGAGAGGCUGAAUCAUAUUUUAAAUGUUUGUUCACGGAUGAAUCAUAUGCUCAAUCCUUUGAAACUCUUGAGGUUAUUCCUAGAUUAAUCUCCUCACAUGAUAAUGUGAUGUUGGAGAAAAUCCCUUCCAAAGAAGAAGUUAAGUUGGUGGUUUUUUCUAUGGAUGGUGAUAGCGCGGCUGGUCCAGAUGGUUUCUCCGGAAAGUUUUUUACCUUUGCAUGGGACAUUGUGGCUGAGGAUGUAUAUGCGGCAGUUAUUAGCUUUUUCUGUGGGGAGGUUUUGCCUAGAAGUAUCUCCUCAACUUCAAUAGUGUUGAUUCCAAAGUUGCAAUCUCCACAAGACUUUACACAAUUUCGUCCUAUAAGUUUGUGUAACUUUAUCAACAAGGUGAUCUCAAAGAUUUUGUCGGAUAGAUUGUCCCGUCUCCUUCCUAAGAUUAUUUCUCCUCAGCAGAGUGGAUUUGUUAGAGGAAGGCAUAUUUCAGAUAAUUUUUUGCUGGCUCAAGAGCUGAUCUCUGGAAUUCGGCAGCCCAAUCAGGGGGGGAAUGUGGUUUUGAAGUUGGAUAUGGCCAAAGCUUACGACAGAGUCUCAUGGAUCUUUUUGUUGCAAGUACUUCGUCGCUUUGGUUUUAGUGAGCGGUGGAUCGAUAUGAUUUGGCGAUUGAUUUCUAAUGUCUGGUUUUCGGUUCUUAUUAAUGGCUCCCCAUGUGGUUUUUUCCAGUCAACUCGAGGCCUGCGGCAAGGAGAUCCCAUUUCGCCUGCUCUUUUUAUUAUUGGGGCAGAGGUUUUUUCUAGAUCGCUGAAUUCUUUGGUAGGACAGAGAGGCUUCCUUCCCUUCAAGGUCCCUACUUCAUGCCCUAUUGUCACGCAUCUAGCUUAUGCGGAUGACGUGAUUAUUUUUUGCAGUGGAGUUAAGCGUACUUUGAAGAAAGUUAUGAGUGUUUUGGAGAACUAUUGUUGUGUAUCUGGUCAGCAACUUAAUUCUCAAAAAAGUUGCUUUGUUGAUCAUGAUGCUUUGACUUUACCUCGUAAACGUGUCAUUUCACAAAUCUCAGGUUUUCAAGCUAAGUCACUUCCUCUUCGAUAUCUUGGCUGUACUCUCUAUUCAGGGAGAAGGAAAAGCAGUUAUUUUUCAGAUAUCUGCACUUCAGUUGCUAAGAGAAUUCUGUCUUGGAAGGAGAAGCUUUUGUCAUCUGGAGGGAGGUUAGUGUUACUCAAAAAUGUUCUAUCAUCUUUGCCUAUUCAUGUCUUAGCUGCUACAACUCCUCCAAAGGGUGUUCUCCGCACCCUUGAGAAAGCAUUUGCAAAUUUUCUAUGGGGCACAACUGAUAAAGGGUCUCGGUAUCAUUGGAUUGCAUGGGAUUCAUUGUGUAAGCCGUAUGCCGAAGGGGGUGUGGGAGUGAGGGCUUUGACUGAUGUGUUUAAUGCCUUUUCAUUGAAGUUAUGGUGGUCUUUAAGGCAACGUCAGUCUCUUUGGGCAGAAUUUAUGUACAAUAAAUAUUUACAUAAAUUGCAUGCUUGCGAAGCGGAAUUUCAGCCUUUACAAUCGGUAACUUGGAAGAGAUUGGUUACAUAUCAGUCUUUGGCAAAUUCCCAUAUUCAGUGGGUGUUGCAGAAUGGCUUGAUAAACUUCUGGCAUGAGAAUUGGACUGGUACAGGUCCUUUAUGUCAGCAGAUCGACAUUUUUGGAGAUCACACAGUGGCGGAUUUUGUUUCAAAUGGUCAAUGGAACAUUCCAAUGCUUCGACAAUGGCUCCCAGAAAACAUUGUAUCUACGAUUCUACAAAUCAUUCCCCCGGAUGUUGUUUCUAAUCAACCUGAUAGGAUGGUGUGGGAUUUAGAAAUUUCUGGUUCAUUUUCCUUUUCUUCAGCCUAUAAGGUGGUCCGCACCGUUGCCAAUACGUCAAUCUUUUCAUCUACCAUUUGGGUGAAAGACUUGCCAGCAAAAAUCUCAUUCUUUAUGAUGAGAAUGCUGUCUUGGAGACUGCCGGUUCAGGAUGUGUUGCAGCGCUUUGGUGUGUGCGGACCAUCUCGUUGCGUUUGCUGCCAAAAUCCUGGGUUUGAUUCUAUUGAUCAUGUUUUCUGUACAGGUGAAAUCCCUCGCCAAGUUUGGAAAUCGUUUCAGGUUGAUAUUGGCCAGUUUGUCACUCCUUCAACGGUAAAGCAUGCAGUCAUUCAAUGGUGGUUGCUGCCAGCUAAAAACAUUAAGCUUAAACUGGUUUAUCAGCUGCUGCCAUCGCUGAUUUGCUGGCAUCUUUGGAAAGCUAGGAAUAUUGCGGUUUGGGAAGGCAAGGUGUUGUCGGUCAUGCAGAUUAAUACUUUUGUUCUUUCUGAUCUCUAUGACAUUUUCCAAUUACAUUUUACAGACAUUGGAGUUGGAAGGUACUCGUGGCCAUGUUUUUACUCUUCACUGGUGAGUUGGCAAAAACCAUUUAAAUUCAUCCUGGUUAGGUGGAUCCCUCCAGUCUUGACGACAUGUAAACUGAAUACCGAUGGUAGUUCUCUUGGUAAUCCGGGAAGGAGUGGCGGUGGGGGGGUUUUGAGAAAUAGCUCGGGGGUUUUUUUGUUGGGUUUUGCGUGUUAUUGGGGUGUCAUACCGAGUUUACAUUCAGAGUUGAAGGCUUUGUUAUUUGGAGUUAAGCUUUGUGUUAUGCGAGGUUUCUUUUGCUUGCAUUUGGAAUCAGAUUCGUCACUUCUUGUCCAAAUGGUUAAGGGGAUUAGUAGAUGUCCAUGGGAUUUGCAACGAGAGCUGGACCAAUUGCUCACUUUUAGGCAUUUCUUUCAAUCCGUCACUCAUUGUUAUCGUCAAGCGAAUUUGCCUGCAGACCGCUUAUCUAAGGUUGGAACUGAGUUAAAGUCCAACAUAGUGUAUGAUUCAUGGUUGGAAUUGCCACGAUUGGUUCGUGGAGACCUCAAGUUGGAUAGGUUAGGUUAUCCUAAUUUUCGGGUUUACUAA